CACCUCAGCAGGCUGAACACCGGCUUUUCCCCUCCCCCUUCGCCGUGUAUGGUGUUCCGUGCCCUGGGCGCCCUGCCCCGCCUCUCUCCGUUGUCUGCCCGCUCUCUGCUCAGUGCUGUCAUGAAGCCGCUCGUUGUGUUCGUGUUGGGUGGACCCGGCGCCGGGAAGGGGACCCAGUGUGAGAAGAUAGUGGAGAAAUAUGGUUAUACCCACCUGUCAGCUGGCGAUCUGCUUCGGGAUGAGAGGAAGAGACCAGGUUCUGAAUACGGAGAGCUUAUUGAGUCCUACAUAAGAGAUGGGAAGAUUGUUCCAGUUGAGAUUACAAUCAGCCUCCUAAAAAGGGCAAUGGAACAAACCAUGGCAGCCAAUAUCGACAAGAACAAGUUCCUCAUUGACGGUUUCCCUAGGAACGAGGAUAACCUGAUGGGCUGGGACAGAACAAUGAACGGAAAGGCAGACGUGUCAUUUGUCCUCUUCUUUGAUUGUGAUAAUGAGACCUGCAUUGAACGCUGCUUGGAACGAGGGAAAAGCAGUGGAAGAAGUGAUGAUAACAGGGAGAGCUUAGAAAAGAGGAUUCAGACCUACCUCCAGUCUACCCGGCCUAUCAUUGAUCUGUAUGAGAAGAGAGGAAAAGUUCGGAAAGUGGAUGCCUCUCACGCUGUAGAUAAGGUUUUCUGCAAAGUCCAGGAAGUCUUUGAUCGGGAAGGAUAACGAUGUUCCACGGAUAGGCAUUUUAGCUCCUUCGGGCUUAAUCUUAUUUACUGCAUAUUUCUUAUUUACCUUUUUUUCUAUUCCUUUUUUUACGUAAACAUUGUAAACAUGGGCUUGAUCUUAUUGGUGUAUUUUGCCUCAUUUUUUGCCUACCCAUCUCAGCUCAAAGGCUCCCGUCCUUUUAUCACUACAUGAGAUUGUAUAUUUUAUGAGCUGCCGGUGAGGGCUUUUCAGGCUCUGCCAUCCAGAUCUGAGGCAGCCAUGAUGGGUUUUAAUUCCACUUUUGAAACACCUUAGUUUAUAUUUGGUCAGAAAGUAGACAACAAAAUUGUAUCUGCAAUGUACUCUUCACUACUCACUGACAGUGCAAGUCAUUUACCUUUUUGAAGAAUGCAUUUAAGGAUAAGGCUUUAAAUGGAACUCCCUUCCAACACCUUUAUCCUGGUCAUAGAAAUGAUGACAACUAGAACAUCCAAUAUUUGAAUGUUUGUAAAUAUAUAUUUUUUGGAUAUGUGGUCAGCUUAGAGCCACCACAUCUUUUUAUAUAUUCCGGCCAUACUUUAAGAACAGAACAUGGUCAUUGGGUUCAGGGCGUAACCUGCCAUGGAAAUGAUGAGUCAGUGUAAUGGUGCAAAGGAGGGGGCUGCAGUUUUUUGUCAGAUCUCUUCUCUAGCCCACACACAUUCUCAUAUUUUCAUAUGAUGUAGCUAAAGCUGCAGUGGCUUCGUCCUGAAGUACAAUGUUCCAUUAAUGCAGCGUGGGAUGUUAUGGUUGUCAAUGUUGCUGAGGCUGGGAGAAAGACCUUUUUAGAGGAGCGGUUUGGAAUAAAAUAAGUUAUCUUUUUAAA